UCUCGAGGGUAGCUCAGUUCACUCUGACGCGUUGAAAAUCUCGCUACGUCCGAUGGUGUUUUCCUUCCCCUUGACAACAUCCCUUUGCGUUGAGUGAUCGUACGGGAAUUUCAAUGGUGUCUUUAACAAUGGAACUUCGAAGAUUGUGAGAAUAUAUGAUGACGAGGAUCUCAACUACUCGACAAGGGUGGGUUCGGUCUGUCGGGUUGCAAGGAAGGAAAUGCAAUUAUUCGCCAGCGUCUGCGCUUCUAUAUUGAUCGGUGGUGGUGGCAGUGAAGGUACGACGGUGGUGGCGGCUGUGCUCGCGGCGCGUUCGAGCGUUCGGGUGGGACCACAACCAACCCCACAACGAACCCGCCCAAAAUGUAUUUUUGCCUGCGUCUCGUGCGGCUAUUCCUGAUCUCGGCGAUUCUGUGCGUCGGUUUGUGCUCCGAAGAUGAAGAGAGAUUGGUACGAGACUUGUUCAGAGGAUACAAUAAGCUCAUCCGACCAGUGCAAAAUAUGACGGAGAAAGUGCACGUGAGGUUUGGCCUCGCCUUCGUGCAACUGAUCAAUGUGAAUGAAAAGAAUCAGAUUAUGAAAUCGAAUGUAUGGUUGAGAUUCGUAUGGAUGGACUAUCAAUUACAAUGGGAUGAAGCAGAUUACGGCGGUAUCGGUGUCCUCAGAUUACCACCCGACAAAGUGUGGAAACCAGAUAUAGUCUUAUUCAAUAACGCUGACGGCAACUAUGAAGUUCGUUAUAAAAGUAACGUGCUGAUAUAUCCGAACGGCGAGGUGCUCUGGGUACCGCCAGCAAUUUAUCAGAGCUCAUGCACAAUAGAUGUAACAUAUUUUCCCUUCGAUCAGCAAACAUGCAUUAUGAAAUUCGGUUCAUGGACCUUCAACGGUGACCAGGUCUCUCUCGCGCUCUACAAUGAUAAGAACUUCGUCGAUCUGUCCGACUAUUGGAAGAGCCGCAUUAUUAACGUGCCGGCAUAUCUCAAUGUUUACAAAGGUGAUUUUCCCACGGAGACAGACAUCACUUUCUACAUAAUUAUCCGCAGGAAGACUCUCUUCUACACAGUGAACUUGAUACUGCCGACAGUUCUGAUCUCUUUUCUCUGCGUACUCGUUUUCUACCUUCCAGCGGAGGCUGGUGAGAAAGUCACUCUGGGCAUUAGCAUUCUUCUAUCAUUGGUCGUGUUCCUCCUGUUAGUCAGCAAAAUUUUACCACCGACUUCGCUAGUGCUGCCAUUGAUAGCCAAAUAUCUGCUCUUCACUUUUAUCAUGAAUACUGUCAGUAUCCUCGUAACUGUGAUCAUCAUUAAUUGGAACUUCCGCGGGCCAAGGACCCACAGAAUGCCUCAGCUCAUACGCAAGAUCUUCCUUAAAUAUCUGCCAGCGAUCUUGUUUAUGAAACGACCAAAAAAGACGCGGUUGAGAUGGAUGAUGGAGAUACCAAACGUAACACUGCCAGCUUCCACAUACUCGGGAAGUCCGACCGAGGUGCCGAAGCAUCUGCCAGCCUCUCUGGCAAAAUCGAAAAUGGAGGUGAUGGAACUAUCUGAUCUGCACCAUCCAAAUUGCAAGAUUAAUCGUAAGGUUCAUCACACCACGAGCAGUUCUAGCGGUGCUGGAGCAGGGGAAGGCAUGGGUGAUAGAAGAGGAUCCGAAAGUUCGGACUCAGUGUUGCUCAGCCCCGAAGCCAGCAAGGCUACCGAGGCUGUAGAGUUCAUAGCGGAGCAUCUCAGGAACGAAGACUUGUAUAUACAGACAAGGGAAGAUUGGAAAUACGUCGCAAUGGUGAUCGAUCGACUGCAACUUUAUAUAUUCUUUAUAGUAACGACCGCGGGUACCGUCGGGAUCCUAAUGGACGCACCUCAUAUUUUCGAGUAUGUGGACCAGGAUUAUAUAAUAGAAACUUACCGCGGGAAAUAAUCCAAUUUGCCCCAACGAAGCGCAAUCACAAAUAAUAGCCAUUAUUACGCGACCGUUCUCAUUUCGUCUUUUUCGUCGACUUCUUUGAAAUCGACUUCAUAACGCCAAGUGAAUAAUUUUGUCAUUUCAAUAGUAAGCGUAAAACGCUUACAACUCAAGUGGCUGUUCAACAUGCAAUUAUUUUUUAUACCUACAGAUUUUUAUGAAAUUCCCUGCGAAGUACAAAUUUAUUUGACGAAAGUCUCGAUACAAUCUUCUGCCAUUGUGCGCAUAUUUUUGGUUUUGUGUAAUUGUAAGAUUGUAGAAUCCGAUUUAUAAGCUCUCCCAAUGACGAAACUUGAGCGAUCGAAAUGGCAUACAUUAUGUAGAUAAUAAUUCCACUAGUGUUAAUCAUGGAUGCCUCUGCGAUUAUUGUCUUCCCCGUCAUUAACUUCCGGUAGCUCCAUUGCGACACGCUUAGACAAAAGAUUUAUGAAACGAUUAUCGAAUGGUUCUCAUUCUUCAUUUUAUCGAAGAAAUAGGUAUUUUUAAAGUUUUUAAAUGCGAGAAAUCAUAUUGUAGGAGAUUAAUUGCCAACUUUAUAAUUUUUACAAAAUAGUAUUUUAUUAGCUAC